UUCAAAUGAGGAUGGGUCUCAAACCUUCCAUCUUCUGACACACUUCUCUCUCUCUCUCUCUCUCUCUCUCUCUCUCUGUGCAACAGCAGUGGUAAAAAACUGACACUCAUCACGUGAUCUCUCUCUCUCUCUCUCUCUCUCUCUCUCUCUCUAGUUAUCCACAAUGUUGCUUUAAUUUCUCCAAAUCCACCGUGUCGUUUUUAUCGCAGUUGCUCUUGUCUCUGUUUUCUUGCGCUUGUUUUCAUUCACCUGACAGUAUCGAUUCUUUGCUCUCCCAGAUCUGCCUCUGCACUGCGGAGGGCGUGGCUUUAGGAAAUGGGUAUCAUUUCCAGGAAGUUAUUUCCUGCCUGUGAGAGCAUGUGCGUCUGCUGCCCUGCAUUGAGGUCCAGAUCUCGACAACCGGUCAAGCGGUACAAAAAACUGCUUGCAGAGAUAUUCCCUAAGUCGGAUGCACUUCCAAAUGAAAGAAAAAUUAUCAAGUUAUGUGAAUAUGCUGCAAAAAACCCAUUUCGAAUCCCAAAGAUUGCAAAAUAUCUUGAAGAAAGGUGCUACAAGGAACUUCGAAGUGAGCACAUCAAUUUCAUUAAUAUUGUCACAGAGACUUAUAAAAAGUUGCUUUGUGUGUGCAAGGAGCAGAUGGCAUACUUUGCUAUUAGUUUGUUGAAUGUGGUCAGUGAACUGUUGGACAAACCUAAGCAGGAUGCUUUGCUUAUACUUGGAUGCCAGACCUUAACAAUGUUCAUCUAUAGUCAGACAGAUGGAACUUACACGCAUAACAUUGAAAAAUUUGUGCACCAAGUUUGCAAGCUGGCAUGUGUUCACGGGAAUGAACAUGAGAGCCGCUUGAGAGCUUCUAGCCUGCAAUGCCUUUCAGCAAUGGUGUGGUUCAUGGCAGAGUUCUUAUAUAUUUUUGCUGCUUUCGAUGAGAUUGUACAAGUCACCUUAGAUAACUAUGAACCAGAUGUCCAUGAUGAUAUAAGAGGGGGGCCACAUCAUAAUUGGGUCGAUGAAGUAGUUAGAUCUGAAGGCAGAGGGGCAGUUGGCAGUUGUGAUACUAGCUCUAGCUGCAUGAUCAUCAGACCACGUCCAGAAAAGAAAGACCCUUCUCUUUUGACUAGGGAAGAGAUUGAGAUACCUAAAGUUUGGGCUCAAAUUUGUAUUCAAAGAAUGGUUGAACUGGCAAAAGAGAGUACAACAAUGCGCCAAGUAUUGGAUCCAAUGUUUGUUUACUUCGAUUCUGGACGGCACUGGGCUCCUUUGCAAGGGUUGUCUGUAACAGUUUUGUCUGAUAUGUGCUACUUAUUGGAGAGUUCAGGACAUCAGCAGUUGGUAUUAGCUGCCGUUAUUCGUCAUCUGGACCACAAAAAUGUUGUGCAUGAUCUACAACUCAAGUCUAAUAUCAUACAAGUUGCUGCAGUUUUAGCUAGGCAAAUUAGAUCAGAAGUAGUGCUGGCUGAAAUUGGAUUUGUCAGUGACCUAUGCAGGCAUUUGCGAAAAAGUCUCCAGGCUACAGUUGAAUCUGUAGCAGAGCAAGAGUCAAAUUUGAAUGUCUUGCUUCAGAAUUCCAUUGAAGAUUUCUUACUGGAAAUUGCUAAAGGGAUUAGGGAUGCACGGCCACUUUUUGACAUGAUGGCCAUAACAUUGGAGAAUCUGCCAUCUUCUGGAGUUGUUGCCCAUUCAACCAUGGGAUCCUUGAUAGUUCUUGCUCAUAUGAUCUCAUUAUUGUCAGUAUCUUCUAGUUCACAGCAGGGUUUUCCAGAGGCACUUCUUGUCCAACUUUUGAAAGCAAUGCUGCAUCCAGAUGUUGGGGUGCGUGUUGGAGCACACCAGAUAUUUUCAAUGCUUCUCAUUCCAAGCUCUAAUCAUUCACGCCAUGGAGUUGUGUCUUUGCAUUCCGGUUAUAUUUGUGAACCAAGAAGAUGGCGUUCCAAUACUGCGUCUACAUUUUCGUCUAUUGCAGCUUUACUUGAAAAGCUUCGAAGAGAGAAGGAUGGUGCCAGAAUGGAAAAACAUAAAAGUAACAGUCUUGAUGAUUGCAGAGAAAGGGAAGUUAUAGAAGAAGAUUGGAAACAGGGGCGACCCAGAAAAAAUUCCCCUAACUUUCUCAAAAUUAGUUCUAUUAUUGAUAGAACCUCUGGGACAACAAGCUUGGUUGAGGUGGAGCCUUAUGUUAUGAAACUUAGUGAGGACCAAAUAGCACAAUUGCUGUCUGCCUUCUGGAUACAAGCCAAUCUUCCAGAUAACUUGCCCUCUAAUAUUGAAGCUAUAGCUCAUUCAUUCAUGCUGACGCUUAUUUCUUCACGAUUGAAGAACCCAAGUGACGGCCUCUUGGUCCGCUUCUUUCAGCUUUCCCUAUCUCUCAGGAAUUUAUCGUUGGACCCUAACAAUGGGAUGUUAUGUCCAGCUUGCCAGAGAUCAAUUUUUGUAUUAUCAACAGGCAUGUUGAUGUUUGCUGCUAAGAUAUAUCAAAUUACUGAGUUGAAUGAUUUAGUUAAGUCGGUACUUCCAAAUGAUGUUGAUCCUUAUCUUGGCAUUAGUGAUGACCUUCAAGUGCAUGCAAAGCCUCAGGCAGAUGCAAGGGAAUAUGGAUCUGUCAGUGAUAAUCAAAUAGCCUCAUCGUUACUUCUCGAGUUGAGGAACAAACUAUUUGAAUCUGACAAGGUCAUAAUGGACACCUUAAUUGAGAAUCUAUCUAAUGCUACCGAGCUGGAGAAGGAUGACUUGGCGAGACAAUUGCAAGAACCAUUCACGCCUGACGAUGCAUUUGUCUUCGGUCCUCAAUCAUUACUUGAUAUGGACCACAAGCAAAUGGUUUCCCAUUCUAAGGAAUCACUCUCCUUUGAUGAGGAUAUGCCAACAAGCUCGUUGAUUGAGGAUGACGCAAUAAGCGAAGCAUCAGUUGCAGACAUGUCUCGCUUCAUUCCCAAAAUGCCCUCAUCUCCUUCUGUUUCCCACAUUAUUGGCAUUGGGAAGCUUUUGGAAUCGGCACUCGAGGUUGCUGGUCAAGUGGCAGGAACAUCCAUCUCUACAUCACCUCUCCCAUACAACACCAUGGCAAAACAGUGUGAAGAUCUUGGCAAAGGCACAAGGAAGAAGCUUUCCAAUUGGUUAGCCCAUGAAACUCAUUAUGCUAGAGGAGCUGGCAAAUUUUUACCAGAAUUUCCUGCUAGUGGAUGCCCUGCGCUAGAGAAGAUUAUGCAAGGCGCUGUGAAGCCAAUGGACCCCUGCUUGGCUAUGAGGUUGCCUCCUGCUAGUCCUUUCGAUAACUUUCUUAAAGCAGCUGGAUGUUAGAAGAUGAACAACAUGCAUGUGUUCUGUUAUCAAUGUUGAUUUAGGUACUAACUAGAAUUUGUAGGCCACUUCUGACUUCCUGAUUUGAACAUAACAGUGAUUUGAGUUUGAGGAAUUCCAUGCACAGUUAAUUGAUCCAAUGAAUGCAACAUGUUGAUCUUUCA